UCAGCUGAUCCACUUAAGUUACAUUUCUCUCAAGCCAUUUGGAGAGAUGCAGUAAACUGAUACAGCAUUAAAUCAUGCUCUAAACUUUAAUCUACUGACAUUUUACUCCUUCACUUAAUCACGUAGUAGGAAGAAUACCAAAUAAAGAAUGUCAACCAAAGAACGCACGAGUAUCACAUGGUAUUCCAAGCAACAUAAAGCAACAAAGGCAAAGUUAAUCACUUUCAGGAAGGGAUAAGAAAACAGUCCACUAUCUGUUAUAUGGAACCUCGUGGCACAUACAAAAGAAAAGACAAAUCAUUUUCAGAUAGGCUUACAGUCUUUAAGUAAUUUUCAGAGUGAUACUGGUGCCAAAAAGAUAGAUCUCCCCUGCUUUGCAACAUCAAUAUACAUAAAAUCUACCACUAACUAAUGCAUCACUUGGAAUCAGUGUCCCAAAAACACAUAAGAAUAUGCAUGAUUAACCCCGGUCUCUUAACUCAUGAUUUGACACUUUUUGUUUUGUUUUUUUUUUUUACACUUUUCGGCUAAGAAACGACUCUUAUAUUUUUUAUUUAAGAGACGGUUCUUAGCUUUUCUUAGUUAAAAUCUAAAAAAAGUUAAGAACCGUCUCUUAGCCGAAACUAAGAAUCUCAGUUAAGAGACUGGAGUUAAUUAUGGUCUAAGUAACAACCAACCAAGAAAAACAUAAUAACGAUGAAAGAAUAUGAGAUAAUUUUGUUAGAUCUAAUUCAAGAUAAUGUAUAGAUGGAUGUCACAAGCAUAACUUAGUUUGCAUCAAACAUACCAACAAAGAGUUUACCUAAACUCUUGGAUCACAUAGUCAUAGGUUUGAUUUCCGUUAGGAGAGAUCUGUUAUAUUAAGGAGAAUUAAUUUAGUAUAGUUUGUGCCUCAUCGUAGAAGAUGUACAAGAAUUAGGGUCUAGAACCUCAUAGUCAUUAAAAAAUUGUUUGCAUCAAACAUUUUUUGGCAUAAGAUAUACUAAAAACCAUAAUAUCUAAGACAGAACAGAGAAAGGUCAGUAUACACCCAACAGGUGUAUAUUUCAAUGCUACUUCAAAGAUUAGGGAAGCUUCAUGGCUGCUCCAGCUAAAGCUCAUGGGUCCCUAUGAGCAACUCUUGAGGAUUUGAUUUGCCAAAUUUACUGCCACAUGGGUCUACAAUUGCAGUAAAUGGUAAGAAGGGUCCAUUCUCAAUAAGAAAGCACACUAAGAUCAUACAAAUUCAGUGGAUAAUCCAUAUAACUAUAUAAGGUGCAGACUAAUAAAUAAAACAGUACACCAAAGGGCCUCUACUAAUUCAAAAGUUUUUUGAUUAAAACUAAUUUACAUUGUAUAUCAGAAAGUAUAUGAAACCUUUACCUUUCCACUAUAUAUAUAUAGAACCUGCAAUGCAACCUAGAAGAUCUAUCUUUUAUCAUGUCGACUGCAACUUUUUCUCCCACAAUCAAACCAAGUGUGCUCUUCCAAAAUAUUCUUGGAAACUUUUACUCAAGAAGACUACUACUUCAUACAUCUUCCCAACCACCUACCAUAGCAUCGCCCCCAUUUGCAGACACUCAAGAAGCUUCACUCUCUUAUGCCCACCAUAUGAGCUUUGAUACAAACGUUGUCAUGGUCCUAUCAGUUCUCUUCUUUGCACUAGUUUGCUCACUUGGACUACAUUCCAUCAUUAGAGUGGUGAUGAGGUACUCCAAUUUGUUAUCAUCCGAAGCUAGUAACGAGCUCGCAGUUCGCUUGGCCAACACAGGGGUCAAACGAAAAGCCUUGAAGAGUUUCCAGACGUUAAGUUACUCUACAGAGCUUAAGCUGCCUGGCCUAGGUACAGAGUGUGCCAUAUGUCUCUCGGAGUUUGUAUCCGGGGAGCGAGUCAAGCUACUGCCAAAGUGCCACCAUGGAUUCCAUGUCCGGUGUAUAGACAAAUGGCUAAGUUCACACUCUUCCUGUCCCACAUGCAGGCACUGCCUCAUUCAGACUAGCCAAAAGAUAUCUGGCUGCAGUGAGGCGUCCUCAUCACGUAAUCAACCACCAAAUGGCAUCAUUAGCGUGGAUAUAGCACCAUUAGGACCAGAAAGAUUGAUACUCGGUUUCUAAAUACAGUCCAAGUAGACUUGGGUGCAGUUAUGUUGUAAAACUUGAUAUAUAAAAUCAGGGUUUAUAUGUAGUUUCAUAUAGAUUCAAGAGAGCGUUCUCAUUUCCACUGUACAGUUUUAAAGAUUAUGUAUGACAUGUUGCUUUGUUCACU